GUCAAAUAAGCUCACUAUGAGGAGAUCUGCAGAUUACAAGCCUCCUAUCUGGAGCUUUGAAGACAUUCAGUCUCUGAAAACUGAUUACCUGGAAGAAUCAUUCAGAAGGCGCAUCAACAAGUUGAAGGAAGAUGUUAUGGUGAUACUAGAAGAAAAAGAGAUGGACAAGGUUCCUUUACAACAACUCGAGCUCAUUGAUACGUUGCAAAGGCUUGGAUUAUCUUACCAUUUUGAGAAUGAAAUCAACAGAAUUUUGGAGAAAGUAUACACAAAUAAUCAAGGUUAUUCUUAUGGCUUUGAGAGAGAGAGUUUAUACAUGGCUGCGCUUGAAUUUGGAAUCUUAAGACAACAUGGGUACAGAGUACCUCAAGAGAUAUUCAACAGUUUCUUAAAUGAGAGUGGAAACUUCAAGGCUUCUCUCAACAAGGAUUGCAAAGGAAUGCUAUAUUUGUAUGAAGCUUCAUUCCUUUCAUUAGAAGGUGAAAGCACACUGGAUGCAGCUAGAACUUUCGCGAGAAAGUAUCUUAGUGAAUAUGUCAAGUUAAACGAAGGCAAAAAUCCUUACCUUUCAAAACUAGUGGAGCAUGCACUGGAGUUUCCACUCCGUUGGGGAAUGCCAAGGAUGGAAGCAAGAUGGUUCAUUGAGGUUUAUCAACGAAGUCCAGAUAUGAAUCCCCUCUUGCUUGAUCUUGCCAAGCUGGAUUUCAACAAGGUGCAAGCGAUGCACCAAGAAGAUCUAAAACAUGCAUCAAUGUGGUGGAAGAGAACAGGUCUUGGACAAAAUUUGGGGUUUAUCAGGGACAGAUUGAUGGAGAAUUUCUUAUGGACUACUGGAGUAUUGUUCCAACCUCAGUAUGGAUAUUUUAGAAGAAUGGCCGCACAAGUAGUUGCACUAGUAACAACAAUAGAUGAUGUUUAUGAUGUAUAUGGAACCUUGGAUGAACUUGAACUUUUUACUGAUGCCAUUGAAAGAUGGGAUAUCAAUGCAACAGAGCAGCUCCCAAACUAUAUGAAGUUAUGCUUUUUUGCGCUGCACAACUCUAUGAACCAAAUUGCCUCGGACAUUUUUCAGGAACAAGGAAUAAACAUCGUUCCUUACUCAAAGAAAGCGGUAUCGUUACAUAAUUCUUGACUUGAAUGACUUUGUCUUUGUUUUCUCUAACUAAUUCUUUCAAUCUUAAUUUCUCCUAGUGGCUAGAUUUAUGUAAAACUUACUUGAUAGAGGCGAAAUGGUACAACCAAGGAUACACACCAUCUUUGCAAGAGUACAUUGAUAAUGCAGUCGUUUCAAUAUCAGCACCUUUAGUAUUGUUGCAUGCUUAUAUUCUUUCUUCAAAUCACAUAACAACUGAGGUCCUGCAAUAUUUAGAGAAAGAAUUGCCCAAUAUAAUCCGUUGUUCAUCAAUGGUAUUCAGGCUUGCAGAUGAUUUGGGAACAUCAUCGGUAUUUACCCUUUAUCUCAUUUUGCUUCUUGAUUUGAGUUGUUUUUGCAUGACUUACAAUCCUUUUUUUUAGGAUGAAAAGAGAAGAGGUGAUGUUUCAAAAUCCAUUCAAUGUUACAUGCAUGAAACUGGAGUUUCAGAAGAAGAUGCUCGUAAAUACAUGCAAGAUUUGAUUGACAAAACAUGGAAGAAGAUGAACAAAGAUGAAUUUGAGUCAUCUCUUCUCCCUCAAAAUUUGAUUGAAGCUGCAAUAAACUCUGCAAGAAUGGCACAGUUUAUGUACAAAUAUGGAGAUGGCCAUAGCUCUCAAGAUGAUGUAAUGAGGCAUCGGAUAUUAUCAUUGCUCAUCAAUCCUAUCCCAUUGCCUCGCCCUUAGGAAUCACAUGUUACUGCCUAAGCUUAUGUAUUUUCAUUCUUAAAUUUUUAUGUUAAAUGUAUUUUAAGGGCUUAAAUUGACAAACUUUUUGUAGUAAAUGGGCUUAAUUCUU